AUGGCCGUUCAACAGUCGUUGCAGCAAUCCCCCAAGGUGGAAUUCGUCAAGUACGCGGAUAAGAUGGUCAAACAAGUCAUGUCCGAUCCCAGUCUCACGCCCGACGAGCGUGUUCGCUUCAUGACCAACUAUGCGGCCAGCUUUCAAGACCAAAAAGCCAUGGCUCAGAAAGGACUUACUCCUGCAGCGGCUCCUGCCCCAGGUCCUGCGCCUGCACCUGGUCCUGCCCCUGGUCCUGCUCCUGCUCUUAUUCCUGGUCCUGGACCCGUCGUUGGCACCACCCCUGCUUGGUCUCUUCCUGCAGGACCCUCGGGAGUUAAGCUUGGGCCUGGAAGCGUUACUCCUAAAGGUACGGGUACGGGUUCAGGUCCAGGCCGUGGUCGUGGUCGUGGUUAUACAGGCAAAGGCAAAACCCCACUCAAACGUCAAAUCAACUUUGGGAACGUGGCCGGCACGUCUACUCCGCUGAACAACCUCAGACCUCAACAAGUCAAGCAGUUGAAAAAGGUAGACAACCUCAUCCAAGCCAUCGAUCAGAAGUCCAGGAAAAUUGCUCAGGACCCCCGAUUGACCCCUGAGCAAAAACGCGAAAAGCAAGGCGUGCUCACGCGUGGACGUACCAAGUACAAGGUGAUGCGAAACGACAUCCUCAACAGUUAG